AUGGUUGGAGCACUGAAAAAGAGUACCACGGUACAGAUUAUCAAAGAUUCGGUUCAUGGAGAAGCAGCUCCGGCAGCAGACGGGGGUUUGCCAUCUGCUGCUCCUGAAGCAGACGGGGGUUGGUCAUCAGCUGCUCCUGAAGCAGACGGGGGUUUGCCAUCAGCUGCUCCUGAAGCCGACGGGGGUUUGCCAUCAGCUGCUCCUGAAGCCGACGGGGGUUUGCCAUCAGCUGCUCCUGAAGCCGACGGGGGUUUGCCAUCAGCUUCUCCUGAAGCAGUCGGGGGGCUCCCACCAGCUGGACCGGCAGCAGUCGAGGGGCUCUGUUCGUCCAACCAGCACAUAUCGCACCAGGCGGUCACCGCGUCGUCGGCUGUCUCGUUCAAGGCGUCUAAGCCUGACCAAAACGUCAGGAAAUCGUCAUUGAGAGCUUCUAUGGAGCCGUGGUCUUCGAACACUAGGGCAGCCUCACGACCCUUCCCGCCGCUAGAGUCGUCGAUCCCAUUGCUGUCGCCAUCAUUAGCGAGAGCGGGGGCUGCAACGGGAUGA